CGACGGAUCUUGCCUCCUUGCUGCAUCCAUUCUUCUUCCCGAUAUUCUCAACAUCCACCCCAUGAAACAAUUCCGUUGGAUAGCAGCUUCGGCUGCCGCAUUGCUGCCUUCAGUAUCCGCCGCACCCGCGAACGACCCUCAUGGCUACACCCCGCAGAUCGUUGCUUGUCCUUCGGUGACUCCAACAAUCAGAAGCGCGAGCGAGCUUUCACAGAACGAGAGGAAUUGGACAGACCUGCGACGAAAUGCCACCAUAGAGCCAAUGCGUGACUUCUUGAGUCGUAUGAACAUCACAGGCAUUGACACGGACGCCUACAUCGACGGUUUCGCAAAUAAUGCUUCGUUACUGCCCAAUAUCGGCAUUGCCAUUUCAGGAGGAGGUUACAGAGCUAUGUUGAAUGGCGCCGGCGUGCUUCAGGCAUUCGACAACAGAACACCUAAUGCUACUGCUACUGGCCAAUUGGGGGGUUUGCUGCAAGCAGCUACAUAUCUGUCGGGUCUUUCCGGCGGUAGUUGGUUGGUGAGCACUCUGUACGGGAACAACUGGACGUCGGUCGCCGAUAUUAUCGCCGCCGGCAACAGCUCAGGCCGUUCGGGAGUCUGGCGGCUUGCAAAUACUAUUUUCGAAGGCCCUCAAGGUGACGGACUUCAUUUGCUUGACUCCAUUGGUUAUUACGCUACUUUGGGAGAUGCGGUCCAUGGGAAGGAGGCUGCUGGCUUCAACACCACCAUUACCGAUUACUGGGGACGAGCGCUGUCCUACCAGAUGAUCAACGCUAUGGAUGGUGGGCCUGCGUACACCUUCUCUUCCAUCGCAGAGCAAGAGUGGUUCCGGCGGGGCGACGCCCCGUUGCCACUCAUCACCAUCGAUAGUCGCAAGCCGGGUGAGACACUCGUGUCCACCAAUUCCACCGUCUUUACUGUGUCGCCCUGGGAGAUCGGCUCUGACGAUCCAACCUUGUACGCCUUUGCACCUCUGCAGUACAGCGGUACAAACUUCUCGGCCGGCUCGCCAAAGAACGACGAGCGCUGCGUCGUUGGCUUCGACAACAUUGGAUACGUCUUCGGCACCAGCUCAUCUCUCUUCAACGCCAUCCUUACUACAGUCAAUGGGACCAACACGACAGGCUGGACUUCGUCUGUUCUGCAAGGUGCCAUUACCUCGAUUCUGUCUGCCAUCGGUAAGGAUGAGGAGGACAUUGCUUCGUGGCCAAAUCCAUUUGUCGACUACGACAAGGACACCAACUUCAACAACAACGAAAUCGACCUCCACCUCGUGGACGGUGGCGAAGACGGACAGAAUAUUCCUCUGCACCCUCUGAUCCAGCCAAACCGCAACGUCGACGUGAUUUUUGCAGUAGACUCAUCGGCCGACACCAACGAUAGUUUCCCUACUACCGAUUCUGCCCCAGGUUGGCCAGAUGGAAUCUCCAUCAUCACCACAUAUCAACGAUCACUCUCGGACAUUGGAAACGGCACUGCCUUCCCAAAAAUCCCAAGCUUGAAUACAUUCAUGAAUCUUGGCCUGAACACCAAACCUGUCUUCUUUGGAUGCGAUGCUUCUCAGCUGGCUGGACCAGCGCCUCUGGUCGUCUACAUGCCGAACGCGCCCUACGUCUACACCUCUAACACCAGCACUUUCCAAAUGGAAUAUAACGAUACUGAGCGAAACGCCAUCGUCUUGAACGGUCACAACAUGGCCACACUCGGCAAUGGCACCGUCGACGGUCAAUGGCCACAAUGCGUAGGCUGUGCUGUCUUGAGCCGUAGCUUGAACAGGACUAAGACGAAAGUGCCGGAUGUCUGCACCCAAUGCUUUGUCAGGUACUGCUGGAACGGAACCGAGGACGACAGCACUCCAGGCAGAUACAACCCUAUAGAAGUACUUACCGCCGGUGACGAUUGCGACUGGGGAUGA